CUCUCCGUUCUGUUUUUGUCGCGUGGUUUGUGUUAAUCCUGUAUAAUAACUCUUCGAAAGUCUCGUCUUUUUUCUAUCAAAUUUUGAUAAUGACUAGUGUCUUUAAUAAGGAUUUCUUACACGACACCGCUGAGGUUUGGGGGUGUUUUUGGUAUGAGUGAUACUGGGAUUUUUUUUAACGACCGUUGAUAGUGCGGUUAUCGGAAUGGGAAGUAACCUAAGAUAGACUCUGCGAGUAACAAAGUUUCAUAUGUAAACAGAUCGGUUACUCCUCCACCAAUAAUUUAGAUGAGACCAGAUAAUAUACAUCUGCUGCAUUAUUUUUUCUAUAAAAAUCGCAUAAUUUUGCCAGACGACUCUUGGAGUGCGAACCUUUAACAUCAGACGUCUUCCGGUUUAGAGAAAAUUCCUCGGAUCUACAAAGAUGAAUAAUUCUACAGACUAUUUGAAUAAUUCUACAGACUAUUUGAAUAAUUCUACAGAUUACCUGUACUUGUACCCGUUUUCGUACGACUACAUCACCCCCAACCCAAAGCACAUACUGCCUCCACCCUUCCAGGGGUACGUGGAGACCAUCUUCACUGUGGUUUACGUCAUUAUCAUGGUUUUUGCUUUGUCUGGAAACACUUUGGUCAUUCUUGUUAUCCUUGGAAACAAGUCCCUCCGGAACGUUACCAACAUGUUUCUCAUCAGUCUUGCCAUCAGCGACAUUCUAAUUUCUGGGUUCAACGUCCCCAUGAACUUAUUAUACAACUUUGAUAUGGUCUGGAACUAUGGAGAAGCGAUGUGUAAGAUCGUGUCCUACACCACUGCCGUCAACGUGGUGGCCAGUAUCAUGACAUUGACGGCAGUGGCCCUAGAAAGGUACUACGCCAUUUGUCAUCCUCUGAAAAUCCGGUAUCUGAAGACAAACACUCGAGUGGUGGUAGUCAUGUGUGUCGUCUGGGUCUUAGCGUUAGCCGUCUCGUCACCAUUCUUGUUCAUCCAAGAGAUGUCUAUACGUCUGCAAGAACUGAACGAACCACCUGGACUGAGAAUAGUGGAGGUGUGCGUAGAACAAUACCGACAGAGGGAGCUGUUGGAGGCUCAUACCCUCAUACAGUUCAUCAUCUUUUACUGUGGUCCGAUCGGAGUCAUGUUUUUCGCUUACGGAAAAAUCGCCCAUCAAUUGUGGAUCCGCAAACCUAUCGGGGACUCGCACGAUCUAGAAAAGACGAUGCAACAAAAGAAAAAGAUCAUAAAAAUGUUGAUCGUCAUCGUUCUCAUGUUCGUCUUGUGUUGGUUUCCGUUUUUCUCAGUUCAUGUUUAUCGUUUAUAUAAUGACGUGGACUAUAAUGAUUAUCGUCUGGUUAGUCUGAUAGUAAAGGUCAUCGGGUUCACGAAUUCAGCUGUGAAUCCUAUCAUAUACGGAUUUAUGAACCAGAAAUUCAAACAGACAAUUCGUCUUAUGUACAUUAGAUGCAGAUCGAAGCUCUGCCGCGGGAAGAAUGUCUCCGUUCACAGCCAAUCUAAUUCUGCUCCAAACAGCCUUACAGCAGAGAGUGUAGUUUGAGCCCGAUCUAGAAUUUAACAAAAAUCAUGCUGGUUCAUGUUUAUAUCCAUAUCUUAAAUGUCAACCCAUGUUGUCUCAGCAUAAGAUAAUAAUAUAAGUAUAUACUAUAGUGGACAUACAUGUACCAUAUAUUACACAAAUUAAAACUAUGUCAACUUU